AUGGUCUUUUCUUGUUCUAUAAUCACAGCUCUUAUUGCUGCUGGAGCAGCUUCUUCUGCUCUUGCUGUUCCUAUCAACGCGCGGGAUCUCGAUGACCGCAGAUUCGACAAUGUCGGAGAACCUCACUGGCAAUAUUCUCAUCGCCAUCAUGAGGAUCAAUUUGGUGGCCCGCGUCAUCGUCACCAUGAACUUCUCGGCGAAGACGAGUUUGAGUUUGAGUUUGAGGAACAUCACCCUCACAGCCACCACCAGGGUGACGACGAAUUCGAGGUGAAGAUUGAGGAUAACUAUGUCGAAGGAGGGCUUGGUGUUGAGCAUCACCACCACCAUCCCCACAAUUUUCAUGGUUACGUUCACCAUCACCAAGCCGAAGUUGUUUCUGUCUCGUUGGAGCAGAAGAAGUUCGACCAUGCCAUGGGAAUGCCGCACAAGGCUGGGAUUGACGAGACCGCUCUAUUAAUAGGCAUACAACAUGCUGUCCAUCCUCCCGUCGAUGUAGAGCGUCGUGCUUCUGGUGAUGUUUCCCCAUCGCCGCAAUACCCGACGAAAGGAACUCCAUAUCACUCGCACAUGACAGAUGAGCAACAGAAUACAAGGAAGUUACAGCAGCAAGCAGGCCGACGUUGGCAGAAUAUCAAGCGUGAUUACCCGGAUUACGAGAAAGAUUUUGCGAAGUGCAAGGGUACUUUCAAGGAUUUCUGGCCCACCCAGACUGGCAGGGCGGUCGCGUCCUUCAUUAACCAUCACAUUAGUGUUGAUUUUACCGACUUGGAUAAACUGGAUCAAACCUUGAAGACGAAAGACAAGCAGCUAUAUGAGGUAGUAAAGAAUGCAUUCAAACAGUCAUCUAGCGCAUUCAACCCUAAUUCCCCACUUCGAUCCCGCCGCGCGUCUCAAUGCUAA